UUGUGGAACGUCACGGUGACGUGUCUCUCCCAGUGUCAAGAUGUGGUUCUGGUCCCGGGACCCGGCCCGUGAUUUCCCUUAUGAUAUCACCGGGGAGAGAGAGGAAUUACCGGGAGGAUGGGGGAUUCAGAAAGGCAAAAAGAAGGCCGGUGGUGACCCAGUAUCUGUGUUCGCUUAUGAAAUCCGUCCUGGAGCAGAAGAACAGGCACAAGCGGCUAAAUCGGCCCUGAAAAGAAUCAAGACUUUGAGACACCCAAACAUCUUAGCGUAUGUGGAUGGCUUAGAGACAGAUAAAUCUUUAUAUAUAGUGACUGAACUAGUUACCUCACUGGGAACGUACAUGAAAUCAAGGGCUGACACAGGAGGAAUCAGCGAGCUGGAAAUUUCUUGGGGUCUUCACCAGAUAGUGAAAGCGCUCAGUUUUCUGACGAAUGAUUGCAACCUCAUUCACAACAAUGUCUAUAUGUCAGCUGUGUUUGUGGACCGGGCCGGGGAGUGGAAACUUGGGGGCUUGGACUAUGUGUACCCAGCUGGUAGCGAGGAAAGUGCCCCCAAAAAAGGCCCUGAACUGGAAAAGUAUAAUCCCCCUGAGAAGUCAGACCGCUCAAAGCCUCCUGUGGAGAAGUGGUCAGCAGACAUGUGGUGUCUUGGCUGCUUAAUCUGGGAAGUCUUUAAUGGCUCUCUUCCACGUCCUACCGCUCUUCGCUCACUUGGAAAGAUCCCUAAAUCACUGGUGCCUAACUACUGCGAACUUGUUGGAGCUAACCCUAAAAUCCGUCCCAACCCUGCACGAUUCCUGCAGAACUGCCGUGCUCCUGGGGGAUUCCUCAGCAACAGCUUUGUGGAAACCAAUCUGUUCCUUGAAGAGAUACAGAUUAAAGAUCCCGCUGAACGUCAGACAUUUUUUGAGCAGCUCAGUGAACAUCUGGAUUCCUUUCCUGAAGACUUUUGUCGACAUAAAAUCCUUCCCCAGCUGCUGACGGCUUUUGAAUUUGGCAGUGCAGGCGCCGUAAUCCUCACACCCCUAUUUAAAAUUGGCAAGUUCCUGAACGCAGAAGAAUAUCAGCAGAAGAUCAUCCCCAUCAUUGUUAAGAUGUUCUCUUCCACUGACCGAGCCAUGAGGAUACGGCUCCUGCAGCAGAUGGAGAAUUUUAUCCAGUAUCUUAAUGAGCCAACCGUCAACUCGCAAAUAUUCCCCCAUGUGGUCCAUGGUUUUAUGGAUACGAACCCAGCUAUACGUGAACAGACGGUGAAGUCCAUGUUGCUUCUGGCUCCCAAGUUAAAUGAGAAUAACCUCAAUGUGGAGCUGAUGAAGCAUUUUGCGCGACUGCAGGCACGAGAUGACCAGGGACCAAUCCGCUGCAAUACAACUGUGUGUUUGGGCAAGAUCGCCUCUUAUCUGAACCCUGCUACACGGCAGAAGGUCUUAAUAUCGGCAUUCAGCAGAGCUACAAAGGAUCCGUUUUCCCCAUCACGUGCUGCCGGCGUCCUUGGUUUUGCUGCUACUCACAACUUCUACUCUAUGAACGACUGUGCCGGGAAAAUUCUUCCUGUACUAUGUGGGGUGACGAUGGAUCCAGAGAAGAGCGUCCGGGAUCAGGCUUUCAAAGCAAUUCGUAGUUUUUUGGAUAAACUGGAGGCCAUAUCAGAGGACCCGGCACAGUUAGCUGAGCUUGAAAAAGAUGUACAUGCAGCAUCAACAAGCCCGAGUGUUGUUGGUGGAUGGGCUGGUUGGGCUGUAACAGGAGUCUCAUCCUUGACAUCUAAAUUCAUCCGCACCAGUCCAUCAGGGGGACCGGAACCUGCAUCAGCAGCUGGAACCUCAGCACCUACAACAGCAGCACCUGCAGAAGCUAGUAAACCAGAUACUGCCACGGCGCCUGUACCCACCUCUGCCUUAUCCCUAACAUCCCAAUAUGAAGCAGAAGAAGAUGUAAAUGAGGCUGAUGACAAUCCAUUAGACCGGUGGGAUGAAGAAGACUGGGGAAGUCUUGAGGAUUCAGAACAGAAAAAAGUACAGCCAGAGAGUGAGGACUGGGACACAGACUGGGGCCAGAGUGCUAGUAAAAAGGCAUCAGAGAAGACGGUUUUGCAUACGUCAUUGAAAAACAAAAAUACAGGGACAGAUAAUAGACUUGUGGAUACCAGGAACUCUCCAGCUUCUGAGGACAACUGGGGAUGGGAAGAUGCUUUUCAGCCUGUUUCCCAGAGCAAAGCCCGGAACCAGUCCAACUUCUCUCCACCUGAGGGCACACGGCCUGCCAGUGAAUACAACUGGGGCACUACAGACGGGAGUGGGAAACACGUGGACUUCUUCUCUGUUGCUUCAGAGAAAGACGGCCAGAAAAAAGAUGAUAAUCGCAGUUCAGAAGGAGGUGGAGACUGGGGUGGAGAUGAAAACUGGGAGUCAGUGGAAGCAGAGCAGGGCCUAAGCAAAGCAGAACUGGCUCGGAAGAAGAGGGAAGAACGCCAACGAGAAAUGGAAGCCAAAAGGGCAGAGCGGAGAGCUGCCAAGGGACCCCUCAAGCUUGGAGUGAGAAAACUGGAUUGAAGAAUAAAAAGUGACUGUAAAACAGAAAACAGGGACACAGAACAAGCCCCCUGUGCUCGUUGCAGUCAAUGAAGAGUGGACAUGGUCAGAGAUUUCAUAAUAUUUAUGCUGUAUAAAUUUUUAUGUUACAUACAAUGCUGUAUAUUCACAGCCGAAGAAUAAAAUGACAUUUUCCAAACCAGGAUUUAUCACUUCUGGAAUUCCAUGUACAUAUAUAAUAAACUCCAUAAAAAAAAAA